GACAUGGAUGUCCAUAGGAAAGGUGGUGAUACUGUGAUCAAGUGCGAAACUGAAGUGAAAUCUGUUAAACGACCUUUUGAUGUUGCUUUUUUAAUGUUGCCCGAUGACAAGGUGAAAAAAGCGACGAAAAUUGUGAAAAGUGCCAGUUUUGAACCAGACGUGACUUGUUACAAUAACAACGAUGAAGACGAGGACGUUGAUAUUGAAGAGGUGAAGGUGAACCAUCAGAAAUUUUUCACGCAAAAACAACAGAUUUUUGACGAUCCCAAUCUAAUAAAAAACACUAAAUAUGAACCUUUACGCAAUCCAGAACAAAAAAGUGCUUUCACCAAAGUAAACCUAACAAAAGAGAGCCCUCGUAUGUCACCAAACUUAUCCUUAAGCCCAGACCUAACUUAUCAAAGCUCCUUAAGCCCAUCACCCCCCAUAAUCAACAGAAACUUCCCAUAUACCCAAAAUAUGCUUUUCAAAGCAAACCCAGGCAUGUACCCAGCAAAUUUCAUGCCAGAAUUUCCUCAACAAGAGCACCAGCUCAUGCCGAAAUUCCGACCAGCAAUGUACCGUCCCGAAUUGACUUACAACUAUCAGCAGUUCCCAAAUCAUCAAGAUCUACUAAAAACCGACCUCAAAUUAACUCCGGACAUCAGAAGUCCCGCCGCGGCUAUCUUGACCUCACUCCUACCGCCCUCCCUAGCCGCCCUUAGCUUGCCAGGGCAAAAUGUAUGUGCCAAAUGUAACAUAACGUUUCGGAUGACCUCGGAUUUGGUAUAUCACAUGAGGUCACAUCAUAAAAACGAGGCCGGGGAUAUGCACAAGAGACGUAGAGAAGAGAAAUUGAAAUGUCCGGUAUGCGGAGAGUCGUUUAGGGAGAGACAUCAUCUGACCAGACAUAUGACCGCACAUCAAGAUAAGGAUGAUGAUGACAAGGAGGCGAAGAAAGAUCUGUAAGGGUUUAUGUCAUCUCUCGAGUCUAUUAGGUUUAUCGAUGGCGAUUUAUUUUCUAAAGAGGGGAAUUGUAGUUAUUGGGUAUAUUGCUGGGGUUGUUUUCUUGUAUAUAUGUAUAAAAAGAUGUUGUACUGUUUGGUUGUUAACUGGUUAUUAUGUGCAAUAUAUAAUGAUUUUAAUAAAUACUGAUAUGAUUA